UCGCGCCCCCUGAAACCGCGCUCGACCAAAUUAAAACUCUCGGCAGCCGAAUUGAUCUCGAUGGCGGCAGCAGCAAAGUCGUCGUUUUUGCUGGACGUGAAGCCAUGGGGCGAUGAAACCGACAUGGGCAAGCUGGAGGAAGCCGUACGAAGCGUCAACAUGGAAGGCUUGACCUGGGGUGCCUCCAGGCUGGCCCCGGUCGAAUACGGGGUGAAGAAGCUGCAGAUAGUGGUGACCCUCGUCAACGACCUCGUCUCCGUCGACGGCCUCAUCGAGGACCACCUCUGUGUUGCGCCGAUGGACGAGUACGUCCAGAGCUGCGACGUGGGCAUCAACCAAAUCUACGUUGCAGGGAAUUUCUCGUCGCAUGCUGCUGCCGAUGGCGGAGAAGAUUAGUAAUAUGCCCUAGUUAGGUUUUCUUUAGGGGCCCUAGUUAGUUUUUUGAUUACCAGGUACUUAAGAGUCUUGAUUGACUCGUUGCAAUACAUUGGAAGCAGUCAUGAUUUUCAACAUUGGAAGCAGUCAUUGCUGGAGAAUGUAACUGAAGCAUGAUAGUAGCUCUGGUUUGCCCAU